AUGAUGCUGAGUUUGGGGAAUGUUUCAAGAACUUUGGCAAAGGCAACUAUACGGAUUUCUAUGUGUAUAAGGGCUACUUAUUCAGAGAUCGGCGUCUUNCAUCCAAUUCCGCGUCUUGAUGACAUGUUGGAUAAGCUCAGCGGAUCAACCAUUUUCUCCAAGAUCAACCUCAAAAGUGGUUACCACCAAGUGAGGAUGAAGCAAGGUUUGUACAAAUGGUUGGUUAUGCCAUUCGGAUUAUCAAAUGCCCCUUCGACCUUCAUGCGCUUAAUGAACCAUGUGAUGAGAGACUUUAUCAACAAGUUCGUUGUGGUUUAUUUCGAUGAUAUUCUCAUUUAUAGCUCUUGCCUAACUGACCACGUCAAGCACUUGGAACAUGUUUUAAACACCCUCCACGAAGAGCAACUGUACGCCAACUUGAAAAAGUGCGUCUUUGUUGCCAAUGAACUUGUCUUCUUAGGUUUUGUUGUCAGUGAAUAG